CCUGUCAUCUCCCUUGCUUUUAUAUAUCCUCAUGAAUGUAAUUAAAGUAGGCACCAUAAGCAAUAUUUAACCGUCUUCGAUGCUACCAAAUGAUGUUUUAGCUUAAUUCACUUUUACAGUAUAAUCAGUGCUCAUUUUCAGAAAUAUGAUUGCUCAAAACUGACUCAAUCUUAGGCAAUUAUUGACAGAAUACAUAGCAUGGGAUUAGUUUAAGUGAAUUAUCUCUGCUGUCAUGCUGAUAUCUGGGAUGCUCAUUUCAGAUGCCAUAGGCUGUUUCCCCUCUCCCUCGAUCCUGCAACCUGGACUCCUACAUGAAAGAGGCAUCUGGGGAAGCAGAAAUCGGAAUUGUCAUCCGUGACCUUCUGGUCAGUGUCAAGCUAACAACAUGGCAAACAUUGUUCGACGUUUCGAAUGCCGAGGAGAUGGAAGCUUUGGCAUGUAAAGAGGGCAUUGGCCUGGCUGCUGAAUGGUUCCAGGAGCCAGUUAUGGAACCAGACUGCACGGUUGUCGUCCAAUAUUUGAAGGAGGUUAAGGUCUUGAAGCCUGUAUGUCUCUCCAUCAUUCAGGAGGCUUCUCAUGCGGCUAGUAGAUUGCCAGGUUUUGAGUUGAAUCAUGUAAAGAGAUAAGAAUUCAGUAGCCGAUGAUCUUGCACAAAUGGCGAAGUGUCUGAACCACAGUGCUGUGUGGUGAGGCUGUUAUCCUGCCUGUACUAAGCAGCUGAUUGUGCUAAAAAAAAGGCAGCUGAUUGCUCUUGAUUGUAACAUUUCCAUGAGUAAUCAAUAAAAUCUCGAGUAUGUUUUAUGGUUCCC